CAUGCUGAAGUGAAGGGUGGAGGACGUGCGCGCUGCUCUCCCCGGCUUUUGUGACGUGAAGGCUGUUUUUAUCUAUUUAUUCGUUUUAAUUUGACUUGAAGGAAAUUCGGGCACGUUUAGAGUACUUUGACCUCACCUCCAUCCUCUCAGGUGAUGUAGGAUGGGUAACCUGCUGAGACUGCUGGCGAGGGACGACGCAGGAAACAGUUGUUGCUCUCAUCAGAAAUAUGACGUCUUCCUGGACUUUGAGAACGCCGAGGCCAGCGAGGAGGAGCGGCUGCUGUACGAGGACGUGGCCGAGGUGCUGCGGGGUUCCCAGUCGGUCAUCAGCGAUCUCCAGCAGUACAAGGGCGCGGCCAAGGAGAUUAGGGAGGCUAUCAGCGACCCAGGGGAUGACUCACAGCGCAAAGCCUGGGAGAUGGUUACGCCCUUGGUGCAGAAACUCAAGCACUUCUACCUCUUCUCUAACGAUAUUGAGAUGAUCGUGCCGAGGAUCCUGGCCGAGCUCUGUGGGCCGGAGAUGUCCCCCACACAGCACCUGGAGACACAGCAAGCACUUGUCAAGCAGUUUGCCGAGAUACUAGAGUUUACCCUCAAAUUUGACGAGCUGAAGAUGACCACCCCCGCCAUACAGAACGACUUCAGUUACUACCGGCGCACCGUGAUGCGUUCCAAGAUAGAGCACAACGGCAGUGGCGGCAGCAUGGGCCCCUCCGACUCCAUGGAGGACAGCUUCACCAUCGACCACCAGCUGGCCAACAAAAUGAGCCUCUUCUACGCCAAUUCCACCCCCAUGCUCAAGAUACUCAGCGAGGCCACUUCCAAAUUUGUGACGGAGGUGGGUGUGGGGGUGGUGAUUGACAGGGAGACUAAGCACAAGGAGAUCCCCCUUGAGAACACCACAGAGACUCUCGGAACCAUGGCCAAGGUCUGCCAGAGGAUGCUGGAGAAUCCGGACCUAAUAGCACGGUUCCGGCGAGAGGAGACGCAGCUGUUCAUCCUGCGUGUGAUGGUGGCGCUCAUCAUCCUGUACGACCACGUCCACCCUGUCGGCGCCUUCGUCAAGGCCUCCACCGUGGACGUGAAGGGGUGCGUCAAGGUACUGAAGGACCAGCCAGCGUCAAGCUCAGAGAACCUCCUCAACGCACUCAGAUACACCACCAAACACCUCAACGAUGACAACACACCAAAGCAUAUUAAGUCCCUUCUGGCCUUAUAACAGCACUCCAUCACCACCACUAACAUCACCUCUACUAACACCACUACCAGCACCACCACCACCUCUUCGGUUGACACUCUUUCCGCAAACACUUCUUAUAUUUUUUGGACAACUUUGCCAGUAUUACCACCAUCACCACCACCACCACUACAGUCACUACCACUACUGCUACAAACACCAUACCUCUGACAGUACUAUUAUGAACACCACCACCACUACUACUACCAUUGCUACAACCCCAACUAACACUACAGCACUGCCACUGUAACCACUACCACUACUACUACUACUACUACUGCCACUGUGGGACUGCUGAGGUUUUGAUGGUAGCCCAGGGGAGGAUCGACAACCCCCUGAGUGUUCUUCAUCCCUCAUGGCUACCCUCCCCCCCUCUCCUCCUCAAGUCAUCUCAGCCCCCCCUGCCCCCCAAGGACCCUCUCAAGAACAUAUCCUGAUGCUGACGAUGAUGGUUUCCGAUUUUCAUUGUAGUCGGAAAGAGUGAUGGUAUGAUGCUGUCUGUCUGUUGCUUUCUUUUUUUCCUUCUAUUUGCCUUCCUUUCCUCUUUCUUUCCUUUUCUCCUUGUAUAUGUCCUCCUAUCUAUUUAUCUACCUCUCUGUGUUGUUGAAUGGGUAGAUGGAUAUGGAGAGGUUCAAUGGUGUUCUAAUCAGCCUUUUUUUUUGUUCAUUUACUUCAUAUUAAAAAAGGAGAGAUUUUUCUUAUUGUAUUCUCAGUGCUAAUGUUUUUUUUCUGACACUACUACUACUACUACUGCUACUAAAACAUGCACAGAGUUUGAGGCUGGCCCUGCGCUUUUUCCUCUCUCUCUCUCUCUCUCUCUCUCAUGUGUGCGUAUGCAUGCGUGGCUGUGUGUGUGUGCGCCGUGUGACAAUGCAACGUCUUCACUAAUUUUUUUUCAAGUAUUUUUCGCAGUAUUUCAUUUCCUAUAGCGUUCCUUCGCCCAGGUUUUUCACUUUUUUACAUGAAUAUACAAUACAAGUAUAAGGGGACAAAAAAAUAUUAGCGUAUGUGUGUAUGUAUGCAAUCAAUAUGUAUGCAUGUAUGUACGGCUUAAUGAAAUAGAGGUUUAUAUACAUGUAGCAACUGUAUUUAGCAGAGGAUGUGAGUUUGAUGUGUAUGUGAGAUGGUGAGAUGGAAAAUUGAGGCGGUAAUAAGUGGAUAUGUUCUUUAAUAGUCGGAAAUUGAUGCAAAAUGAGGGAACGCAAAAAGAAAAGUAUAUGUGAGAACGUGAAUUGAAGUGGGUAGUAAGUGUGCGUGUGUUUUUAGUAGCUAGAUAACCACUAAAAAUGAAUGCAAAUGAAGCUGAACAAAGAACGAAAAGUAUGCCAUGUGAGAAAGCAAAGUGGAGGGGUAGUAAGUGUGGGAUGUUUCUAGGAGUCAGAUAACCACCAAAAAUGAACGCAAAUGAAGCUGAACAAAGAAUGAAAAGUAUGUAUGAGAAAGCAAAGUGAAGGGGUCAUUAGUGUGUGUGUUUUUAGUAGCCACUUAAUUACCAGUGAUGUAUGGAAAGGGAGGUGAAUGCAAGAAGGGUAUGUGAGAAAGCAAAGUGUGUGUUUUUAGUAGUUAGAUUACCAAAAAUGAAUGCAGAUGGAGGUAAAUGCAAGAAGAAAAGUGUGAGAGAGCAAAACAAAGUGGUAAUGUCUGUAUAUGUUCCUUCAGAGUCAGAUAAACACAGAUAAUAAAUGCAAAGGGAAAUGAAUGCAAGAAAAAAAGUUUGGGAGAUAAUAGAUUUAAGUGGUAAUAAGUGUGUGCGUGUUCUCCAAUAGUCAAUCACCAAAAAUGAAUGCAAAUGAAGCUGGAUAAAGAAUGAAAAGUAUAUGUGAGAAAGGAGAUUGUGGUAGUAAUGAGUGUUAAUGUUUUCAAUAGUCAGAUAAUCACCAUAAUAGAAUGCAAAGGGAGGUGAAUGCAAGAAGGAAGAAGAGAAAGUAGAAGGAAGAAGGAAGGAAAGUAGAGUAUGUGAGAAUGUAACUUUAGGUGGUAACAAAUAUAUAAUCACCAAAUAUAAAUGUAAAGGAAUCUGAAUGCAAGGAGGAAAGUAGAGGAUGUGAAAGAAUGUAACUUGAGCUGGUAACAUUUUUUUUUCUAAUAUAUAACCACCCAAAAUAAAUGUAAUGGGAUCUGAAUGCAAGAAGAAGAGUAUAUGUGUGAGGUUGUAACUUGGGGUGGUAACAUUUUUUUCUAAUACAGAAU